AUGGGCUCUACACCAGCCACCAGCAGGGCGUUAUAUGCCGACGAGGACGGCAAGCUUGUCGUUCGCCAUGUUCCUUUUCCCGAGCCCCAAGAAGGAGAACUUCUCAUCAAGGUUCUGUACUCGGGCGUCAAUCCUGCCGAUACCAAAAUCAUUGACUUCUUCGGCUUGAAGAACUAUGUCAUUGGAACAGAAUUCUGUGGCGAGGUCCUCGAGUCUAAGACCCUUGCCUCCACGUCCUUCAAAGCAGGUGACAUUGUGGCCGAGGUCCUUUCUGGGGGCCAGAACCCGCCAUUGCGUUGGGGAACGCACCAAGAAUUCAUGAUAGUUGUUGCAUCGUGGGUCUGGAAGGUUCCUGAGAACUUACCGCCCCAAGACGCUGCUGGUCUUUCUAUCGUUGGGCUGACAGCUGCCACCGGCCUUUUCAACGACAUCGGCCUUCCGCUGCCACCGAAUUUUGCCAAGGGUACGCCCGAUGAGGGUGUCGCUGCCACAGAGGGAACAUUGGUGAUCUGGGGCGGUGCGACAAGCGUUGGUAUGGCUGCUGCUGAUCGACAUUGGAGGGGCUUUCGCUGGGCUGUUGAGAAUUAUGGUGCCUCUGGCGGGUAUGUGCCAACGCCUGUACGGGUCUUUGAGGGUUCUGGAGAGGAUGCGAUCAAGGAGGUGUAUAACGUGAAGAACAUGGGCACUUUCGGGAAGUUGGUGCUCAAGCAUCCUUUGAAAUGA